AUGGAGAAGCGACUUGUCCGCAAGUUGGACAUGUCGCUAAUGCCUGUUGUCUGGGUCCUGUACUUCUUCAACUACAUGGACCGAAACAACAUUGCCCAAGCAAAGCUAGACUCGUUUGAGAAAGAUCUAGGACUCGUUGGCAACCAGUUCAACGUCGCUGUCUCUAUCCUCAACGUCGGUUAUGUUUUGUUCCAGUUGCCUUCCAACAUGAUCCUCACCAAAGUUCGACCUUCCCUGUAUAUCCCUGCUUGCGCCAUGAUUUGGUCCUGCGUAUCUGCGGCGACUUCGGGUGUACAUAACUACUCGGGCCUCAUCGCUGUACGAUUCUUCCUGGGUAUCGUCGAAGCCCCUUUCUGGCCUGGAGCAUUCUACAUGCUGAGCUCUUGGUAUACCAGAAAGGAGCUUGCCCUGAGGACUGCUGUACUGUACAGUGGACUGGUCCUAGCUACGGCCUUCUCUGGUCUGAUAGCCGCCGGUGUAUUUGCUGGACUUGAGGGUAAAGCUGGACUAGCUGGGUGGCAGUGGCUUUUUAUCAUCGAAGGUGCCGCAACAUUCGCCUGCGCUCUGGGGUCGAUGUUCAUUCUGCCCGAUUUUCCCGGCAGUAAGACUGGUGGUGGAAAGUGGCUGUUCACUGAAGAAGAGCAGAAGCUCGCUAUCGAGAGAAUCCUGAGAGACAGGGUAUCCGCGCCCGAGGCUGAUGAGAGCAUCAUGCAUGGUCUCAAGCUUGCGGUGACCGAUUACCGAACUUGGGUCUUCUCGCUUAUGCUCUGUGCCAAUCAUUCCGCUUAUGGGUUCAACAACUUUUUUCCCACUAUCGUCAAGGGAUUUGGACUCGGCUCUCGUACCAUCACACUUGUUUGCACGGCACCGCCCUACCUCAUCGGUACCCUAAUUUCCUUCGCAAUUGCAUUCUCUAGUGAUCGCAACAAGGAGCGUGGUUUCCACAUCUCCAUCCCCCUGUGUGUUGCGGCCGCUGGGUUCAUCAUCACCGUUGCCACGCUCAACGUUCCGGCCCGCUACUUCGCCUCCUUCCUCUACAUUGGCGGUUGUUUUGGCUCGAAUGCAAUUGUCUAUACAUGGGCAGCGAGCACCCUGAAUUCCACACCUGCAAAGAGAGCUUGCGGAACAGCGAUCGUCAAUAUCAUGAGCCAGAUGGGCAACAUCUACUCGCCCUAUUUCUUCCGCCCACAGGAUGCGCCUCGCUAUAUUCCAGCUAUGCUGCUAAUGAUGGGAUUCUCCAUCGUCAGCAUCUGCACCUGUAUCUUCAUGAAGACAUCGCUGAGGCGGGCGAACAGGAAAUUGUUGAAGCAGGAAGAGGAAACCGGUAUCAAAGCGACUCUGUUCCCGUUGUAG